AUGCAGGAGCGCCUGGCUCCCGUGGCGCGCAAGGUGAUGGAGCUCUACACGAAUCAGAAGGGCAAGGACAAGACGGAGUACAACGAUCUGCAGGUGCAGUGCCUGGUGGGCCAGGGGCUGGUGUUUCCGCAGGCCUACGAUGCCCUGACAUGCGUAUGGUGCCGCAAGCAAGAGAAGCUCUUCAGGCUUCAGUCGCUGGCGGCAGUGUUUCAGCACUUCAAGAGCCAGAGUCACGUCAGGUCACAGGACGACGGCGGA